GGUACAAGCUUUCGAAUCGGACGUAUUUUGUAGUAACACCCUUUCAAAAUGACUUCCAAAACAGACACAACAUGCAAAAUAUUUUCUUUUCAAGACUACAAAUCCUCUCCCGAUCCGAUUUUCGAGAUUUCUGCCGAAUGCUUACAACCAUCACCAGUUCCGAUAAUAAUAGAUAACGGCUCUUUUCAAACAAGGGCCGGUUGGGCAUGCAAAGGGGACGAACUAGGCGCACCGCGGCUUCUGUUCAAGUCCGUGGCGGCGAGGAGCAGAGGGGCAGCGCGAAGUGAAACCCAAAUCGGCAAUGACAUUUCUAACCUCGAGCCGGUGCGAUGGCUCCUGAAAAGCCAGUUUGACCGAAAUGUGGUUGUAAACUUCGAGAUACAGGAACUGAUGUUCGAUUACAUAUUCAGCCACCUCGGAGUUGUGACUGAGGGCAGUGUUGAACAUCCUAUAGUGCUCACAGAGGCGCCCUGCAACCCGCUGCACAGUCGGCAGAUGAUGUCAGAGCUGCUCUUUGAGUGCUACAGAGUUCCUCAUGUGUCCUAUGGCAUAGACUGCCUGUACAGCCUCUACUACAACAAUGCUCUCAGCAACCUCACACACCAAAACACAGGCAUUGUCCUCUCCUCUGGCUACCACUGCUCUCACAUCCUACCCGUUAUCAAUGGAAGGCUGGAUGCAGGGAACUGUAAGCGUGUGAACGUGGGCGGGAGCCAGGCGGCCUCGUAUCUCCAGCGUCUGCUCCAGCUGAAGUACCCUGGUCACCUGGCUGCCGUCACCCUCAGCCGCAUGGAGGAGCUGCUCCACGAACACAGCUACACAGCCACAGACUACCACCAAGAGCUGGAGAAGUGGCGCAGUGUAGAGUUCUAUGAGCAGGAGGUGCACCGCAUGCAGCUGCCCUUCUCUGCCAAGGGGCUGGGCGGCGUGGUGAGUGUGGAGGAGAGGCAGGAGAGACGCACCCAGCAGCUGCGCAGGCUACAGGAGAUCAACGCCCGGCGCAGGGAGGAGAAGCUACAGCAGGACCAAGAGCGGUUGGAUAAACUACUGACAGUGCAGGAGCUGUUGGAGGACGGCUACCUGGAGCAGUUCCAUAAGAACCUGGUACAGCUGAAUAUGGACUCUGCUGAGGAGCUGCAGUCCUACAUCAACAAGCUGAGCCUGGUGGUGGAGCAGGGCAGGCAGCGGCUCUUACAGGCCUCAGAAAUGGAGCAGCCAAUGGAUGAAGGGGACGGGGUGACAGAGAUGGAUCCGGACUUCAGUGAGGAAAACACAGAGACAGAAAAGCCUGUGCAGCCGGUGUUUAACAUGGCAGAGUACCAUCAGCUGUUUGUGGGCACGGAGCGCCUGCGAGUCUCAGAGAUCCUCUUCCAGCCGUCGCUGAUAGGAGAAGACCAGAUGGGCAUGAUGGAGACGCUGCAGUAUGUCUUAGCCGGGUAUACUCCUGAGCAGCAGGAGGCACUGGCCCGUAAUGUGUUCCUGACGGGAGGGAACCUACAGUAUCCAGGUAUGAAGGAGAGGAUAGAGAGAGAGCUGCUGGCCAUGAGGCCCUUCCAGUCGCACUUCCAGGUGAUGAUGGCGUCGCGGCCUGCGGUGGAUGCCUGGUACGGGGCUCGGGACUGGGCCUUGGAGCACCCCCCUGGCGGGGAGGGCUGGAUCAGCCGGCAGGACUACGAGGAGAAGGGCGGUGAGUAUCUGAGCGAGCACUGUGCCUCCAACGUCUUCAUCCCCAUGAAGAUCGCCAAACCAGUCCCGCGCCUUGCUGAACCUCUGUUAGUGCCCAUUACCACGAUGACAGCAGCUUCCCCCGACAGUGUUUCAGCCUCUCCAUCAACCUUCACCUUGGCACCGACCCAAACUUGAACUCCUCCACUUUCUCUCAUGAGCACUAAUGGGAAAGAGCAUAACUAGGUGGGUGCAUCUCACUGUAUAUAUCAUGGUGCUGUGCAUUUUGGGAUUUCAAAUUAGCACAGAUGAUGAUGGACCAAUGGACCACUCAUGUUGAAUGGUUACAACUUUAGACCGGUCUGAAGGCAUUGGGCUGUUUGGUUGUGUUAGUCCUUUUUAUACUUCAUCACAUAAAUGAUUUUUGUUUUUUUAGCUGUGGAGUUUUUAUAAUACAAUCAAGCUAUGUUUCAGAUUCAGUCAAGGAUAUGUUGUCAACCAAACACCUAGAUGCCACAAGCUGGCAUUUGCUGUCAAAUAUUACAAUAAAAACAUACUUUUUGUAUAAGACUGUCAAGUUCCUCUUUGUUGUAUGCUGUAUCUAGAAAUCCAUAUCCACAUGAGUAUUACUGCAGUACACUAUUGUGCCACAGGGUGGUGUUAGUCUACAGUACAGUAGAUUUUUUUUCCCCCACACACACCUUUGACCAAACAAAUGAAUGCUCAGCCAAUACAAGCUCUUCAGCAGCUUGUAAAGCACCAUUGGCCGCAUUACUGGGAUGUAGGAACAUCCCCUUUUUUAACAGAUGUUUUGUUAUAGAGAUACACAUAGAGUUAGAUUUCUAUUGUAGUAUUGCCAUACUGUGUCCUGUUAGAUAUAUAGUGCCUUCAGGAAGUAUUCAUAGCCCUUGACUUAUUCCACAUUUAGUUGUUAGCCUGAAUUUAAAAUGUAUUAAUUGUAUUUAUUUUUUUCUCACCCAACUACACACUACCCCAUAAUGAUAAAGUGAAAAUGUGUCUUUAAGAGCUUUCGAAACCUGGAUUGUGCAACAUUUUCCCAUUAAUCUUUUCAAAAUUCUUCAAGCGCUGUCAAAUUGAUUGUUGAAUCAUUGCUAGACAACCAUUUUCAGGUCUUGCCAUAGAUUUUAAAGUAGAUUUAAGUCAAAACUGUAACUUGGCCACUCAGGAACAUGUUUUCUGGUAAGCAAUUUCACGUUUUCUUGGUAAGCAAUUCCAGUUUAUAUGUGGCUUGUAUUUUAAGUUAUUGUCCUGCUGAGAGGUACAUUCAUCUCCCAGUGUCUGGUGGAAGGCAGACUGAACCAGGUUUUCCUCUAGGAUUUUGCCUAUGCUUAGCUCCAUUCCAUUUGUUUUUUAAUGAUGAAAAACUCCCCAGUCCUUCACGAUUACAUGCAUACCCAUAACAUGAUGCAGCCACUACUCUGCUUGAAAUUACGUAGAGUGGUGCUCAGUAAUGUGUUGUAUUAGAUCUACCCCCAACAUAACACCUUGUAUUCAGGAUAAAAAGUGAAUUGCUUUGCCACAUUCUUUGCAGUAUUACUUUAGUGCCUUGUUGCAAACAGGAUGCAUGUUUUGGAACAUUGUUAUUCUGUACAGGCUUCCUUCUUUUCAAUGUUGUUGAUUCAUCCUCAGUUUUCUCCUUUCAUAGCCAUUAAACUUUAACUGUUUUAAAGUCA